AUGUCGAAUAAUUCUUCACUCUGCAGCGGCGAAUCUGGACUUUCAGGAGUUUACAGUGAGUAUGAUAGACAGUUUUCUGCAGAGGAUGAGAAAAAAGUCAGAAGAUCAGUUAGCCAGGCCGUGAGAAUUUAUUUGAGGGCCAGCCAAGCCUCAGCCAGGCUUAAGAUCAAAGUGGACUUUGCCAAUGCGGAAGCCAUUAGACAUUCGAUGGUGAUAUACAGGCAUGCAGUUGCUGAAUAACCAUUAUUUGUGCUUUAUUUCAGACCUCCCAUUGUGGAAUUUCAACUUGAUCAAGUCGAGUUGAACUCGGCCGUGACUGAUAAAAGUAAGUGCUUCACCGGCUCCGUCAGCACAGCUAUAUACAUAAUAUGUACUUUUAAAAUACUAUUUCUGAGUGUCUGAAGCAACCGUGGACAAUACUCAAAAAUCGUAGUUUACAACGCGUUCUACUACACUUUUAGAUCAUCUGGACCCAAAAAAUCCGGCAUUCUUGGAUUUUUUGGCUUGACGCUGAUCUUGAAAGCUUCCGAUAAACUCUUGUCCCUUUUUCGGAAGAUCCAGCGAGUUUCAGAGGGAAAAAGCUCAAGCAUGCCAGAUUUUUUCGGAGCCCAGAUGACUUUGUACAUGAGAUCUUGAAUAUCUGUUUCACAAAAGUCAUAUAUUUCAUUUUUUUGAAAUUUCUAUGAUUUAUUAGAUGGAGGUUGAAGUUUGUUUUAAGGGUUACAGUAACCCUGGUUACAGUAAUCUAUUUUAUGCCCAAAAUGUUAUGUUACCGCAGGUGAAACAUCGCUUAGAUGCAAUUUUGAUUUUUUGGUCAUACAGUAGCUGCCAAAAAACUCAAUUUUUUAUUUUUUUUUUUUUGACUCUGCUCAACGUGAACGGAUUUAAACGCAACAAAUACCAUUCUGUAGAGAGUUAUUGCUGUUAUCUAAUGGUGUAGCGAUUGGAGGGAUUUUAUUUUUUUAUUUCAUCGUACUGUGUACCAAUUGUCGAUAUUUUGGAAGGACAAAAAACUACAUUUUUCCAAAAAAAUUUACUGCUUGCAUACUUCGCGGCAAAUCAUGGGCUUAUAUAUUCUGAUUUUUAAAUAAAGUCCCACUGCGCAUUAUUCAUCAUCAAAGGGAGUCAAGAAAAUUAAUUUAAUAGGCCUUUUGGUGGUCCCAAUUUCGAUACCCCAAAGCAUGACGUUUGGGAAAAUUGGUUUUUUUUUGUCCUUCCAAAAAUUUUACAUCGACAGUUGUUACACACUAAGAUGUAAAAUCGCUCCAAUCGCUACACCAUUAGAUAACAGCAAUAAUUCUCUACAGACUGGUAUUUGUUCCGUUUAAAUUCGUCCACGUCGAGCAUAGUUACACAAAAAAUAAAAAAGUUUACAGUUUUUUGGCAGCUACUGUAACUACAAAAAUGUUCUACGUGUUCGAAAAUAUGAAGUGGUGUAUAGGGUUCGAGAAAUUCUGGUAUGUUCAGGUAUUUAUAAAAUACAGUACCAACAUGAAGUCGGAUCACGCUUGGAGUUAUAUUCUUUAUUUUCCCCACUACAACAAACAAAACUAGUACUUGCGCAAUUUUACACAACGUUGCGCAAUUUCUCUCUUUGUAAAAAUUUCUGACUUUCAAUAUAUAAGAGUGGUGCUUUAUAUUAUUCCAAAAAGUUUCAAACUUACUUCAUUUUUGGCCUACAUGAAAUUUUGUGGCCUACUUCAAAAUGUCGUCUGCCUACGUGAAAAAAUUUCAUGUGGGCGAAAAAAAAUUUUUUUUGGCAUAUCAGUCUGUCGGGAAAAUAACGGCGGGUCGUCGCAUCAAAACGACUCGCCUCACCGCAAUCGCGCACCAAAUCUCCAGCUGUGGCCGCCGUCGCAAAGCGAUGAUGGGCGAUUCCGAGGCGCGACGAUCCACCGUUAUUUUCCCGACAGACUGAUACAUGAAAAAAAACCACCUAUGCCAAAAAAAAUAAUUUUUUGGCCUAGGUUGAAAAAAACGAAAAUUUUCAUGUAGGCCAAAAAUGAAGUAAGUUUGAAACUUUUUGGAAUAAUAUAAAGCACCACUCUUAUAUACCAGUAUAUACCCCGUCCGAACCUCAGCGGUGGAUCGAUUCGACUAAAAUAUGGCUUGCCGAAAAGACAAGUAAUUCUCAGAAAGAAAGUUACAGUAAUCCUCCAUAUAACGACUAUGGACAAAAAAAUCAAGCGAAAAAAUCAAGCGAUUGCUCCAUACAGAUUGGUGAUCCGGUUGACCACUUUUGGUUUAAUUCUGCGACAUCGACUCAACAAUGUCCGGGCCAAUCUACGGUUUGUAUUAGUAAAACGCGUUUUAAAUUUUUCUCUUAGCGGCUGAGGCAACAAGAUGGCCCAGAAUUACCAAAAAAUACAUAAUUUUUAACGUUUCGUGCCAAAAGUCGUAGGCGAUUGAAAGAUAUUUGAACAAAGAGAUAUGCAAAAAUUUUUAGAAUCGUCCAAAACUUCAAUGGCGACCGAACGAAGCUCUGCUGGUACCGACACUCGCUUCACAGUAGUGGCUUCUACAUUGGGAUACCGAAAACGAGAGAAUCCGCAACCUCCGAAAACGGAGGUUAACAAAAGUCAGAGAGUUAAAGAAUGGCUGGAAGAGAAUGAGAAAACUCCAAAGAUGGUGUCGAAGAAGACGCAGACGGUGUCAGAGGAAGUGGUCGAUGUAAGAUCAGUAAUCGUCUUAUAUUUCUUGAUUCAGAAAGCUUUGAAAGAAAAGCCAGCGGAAGAUCAAAGCGAAAUUUCCGACGCGACUCUAAAAUACGUGAACUCGAUGACUACCAUCGAUGACGAAUAUUCAAUCUCAUCUGAAGCUGCCGGUCCCGUGGGAUCCAUCAGUGAAGACCUUUUGAAUGGGAAACCACAGAAAAGAGUUCAAGUCGGAGGAGGUUUGCUCGAUCUUAUCAAGUAG